AGCGCCACUUGUGCGAGUGCGAGUGUGGAACGCGACGCGUGCAGUGCCGUAGUAAGGGUUUCGGUUUUGUUUGUUUCCGUCCGGAAAGAUAGUGCCGCUUCAAGGCGUUAUUUGUACUGGCUAAAGCCGCCUGUCAACAGAAACGCAUAUUUAAGAUUUAUCUGGGCGAAUGGUCACCAGAAAUAUUACCAGUGGCAGCCAGAUUUACCCGUGCAAAGGUGAGACAAAACGCACAGUUACGGGCUGGUGUUUCGCAGCAAGUGCCGGUUAGGUAGCGUGGCGUAUACAAGUGAGCGUUGUAAACACCGUUGGGAAUGGCCUACUUGAUGACCCACCAACGGCAACCGGAGCCAUAAUCAGAAUAUAAAUAAGCGAAACUGUCAAAAUAUUUGACAAGUGCACGCAAGGUGUAGUGCAAGUGUGUUGGUGUAAAGAUAUUCUGGAGUUCGCGGUUUAGGUUUGCCUGAAAUUGGCAGCAUACAUCAAUUCCUGCAAAUGUGAAUCCUUUUUCUAUGGUGAAACAGUGACAGAAGGUAGUGUUCUUUACGGUUUUGUGUGUUUUGAUUAGCAACGGAACAUCUGUCAUUGGCGGCGAGAAUAUUCGUUUGCGUGCAUUACCGAACCAUCAUUUAACUGAACCGGCUACAAAAUGAUAGAUCCCAGCAGAAAGAAGCGUCCUGGCAAUGGUACGGUGUCGGUGUGGAGCACUAGUACGGCCGGAAUCGAUACGGUACUCGCCACCACCCUCGGCACGACGGUAACGCCCAAAACGUACAGUACCGGACAGCUACAUCAAACGGGUCUCAGCCAUCAGCCGAACGGAAACGGAAACAGUCACAACGGGGCCGUGCAUCAUCACCCGAACGUAGGCAACGGGACGGGGCUGAAUCACGCGCACCUUCACCUCGGCAGCAACGGUAACAGCCACAGCGGAAGCAUCGGCAACAACAGCACCCACAGUCUUACACCGCACGCCGGCCACGGCGCUCCCAGUUGGAACAACCGAACCAGUAUUUGCAGCACGCACAACAAGCGACGAUCCAACCUGAGCACAAUGUCACAGACGGGGGAUGAUCUGCACACACCAAACUAUCUGUCGUGGCGCAAGCUACAGCUGAGCCGUGCGAAACUAAAAGCUUCCAGUAAAACGUCCGCGCUGCUGUCCGGCUUUGCGAUGGUCGCCAUGGUGGAGGUACAGCUGGAUGAAAACACCAAAGUGCCAUCGGAAAUGUUAAUAGCGUUUGCCAUUUGUACCACGCUGCUGGUCGCGGUCCACAUGCUAGCGCUCAUGAUCAGCACCUGCAUCUUACCAAACAUCGAAACAGUCUGCAACUUGCACAGCAUAUCGCUGGUGCACGAGUCGCCCCACGAGCGCCUACACUGGUACAUCGAGACGGCGUGGGCAUUCUCUACGCUGCUGGGGCUGAUACUGUUUCUGCUCGAGAUUGCCAUCCUGUGUUGGGUGAAGUUUUACGAUCUCAACACGACGGCCGCCUGGUCGGCAUGCAUCGUGCUCAUUCCCGUGUUGGUGAUCUUCGUAGCGUUUGCGCUCCACUUUUAUCGCUCGCUGAUGAUGCAUAAGUACGAGGUUACGGUUUCCGGCAUACGAGAGUUGGAGAUACUGAAGGAGCAGAUGGAGCAGGAUCAUUACGAUCAGCAGCAGCAGCACCAUCACGGGAUACUGCAUCCGUCCGGGCUGCAGAUCGUAUGAUGCGUACCCAUCGUUCGAUUUCCACUACUACUUCUUACAAAUUACACCAACUGUGAUUUCAUGCUUCAACAUAAAUCUUUAUUGUUUUCCUUUUGUUUUUGAACCUCGAUUAGAUAGGGUCCUGUUUAUUGUUCUUGUGUAAUUGUAGACCAUUUUGUGUAGACCCAUACUGUCACAAAACAGCCACUGUACGAUACCUCCUAGUGAUGAGCGGAUGAGAGACCCUAGAAUACUGUUGUAAUCGAUUAUGUUGUUUCUCUGUCCCCAUCUCCCCUAACCGUUAAUGUAACGCAUACAAAAAGACAUCGCGCAGGAGAAGAAGCUAUUGUUACUUACCCCCUAACGAACACGUGUAGAAAACUAAUUUAAUUGCUGCGAAAUAUAUGACGAGUGUAUGUGAAACGUUGCAAUACACAGUGCAAAUAAAUCACAAUUACAA